ACCGAUUAAAGGGCAUGAUGUAACAUGCUGCGGCCCAUAAGCCUAGGGCAGUUUACUCAACUUCAUAAGUUAUCUGUAAAUAUGGCUUAUAUUCCUCUCAUCAAGACAAAGUGAAGUGCAUGAAAUGUCGGUUGGGUCACAAUUCUCAAACCUUGGUGUUCUAAAUAGCUAGAACUAAUUGAUCUUCAUUUAAAAAUGGUAUAGAUGGGCUGUAACUAACGACCUGAGGGAUAUUUGACAAAGUAUUCUACUAUUGCUGAUAUGAACAAACGACCGAAUUCAUGAGGACGCCGCUGUGGAGAUGCUCAAAGUGUGUCAAUUCGUUAAACAGCUGUGCCCCUUCGUUGAAGAAAACCCCAAAGGGACCAGUUCGCCGCCGAGUCGGACAGCCCUUAGGGAUCUGAGUUGAGAGGCCUAUGAGAACAACUCUCAACCAGGGAGACUGAAGCGGGAGGAAGUGAGGAGGUGGAACAAAAAAAAUGAAGAAAAACAUCUGGAGUUCAUUUGUACCCUGGAGGGAGAGAGAAAAUAACCUAUAGUAAAAAGGGUGCUUUUAAACCCUAUUGCUGGCCGUUACCUACAUUUACAGAAAGUAUAGGAUUAAUUUGGCGAGGCACUCUCGCUCCAUCACAUCCCUAUUGUGAAAAGUCCCUUUCAUGGGUCAAUAGUGGUGUGUGCAAAGUUUGUGUGACUUGUGUCCUGCAGUCGUCCUACAGUGCCGCCCUGUCGAAGAUAGCCUGUGGAGCUCCGCUGUGGAGAGGACAAUCACCGAGUGGAAUUAUCGCAACAAAAGAGAAAGUGCCGAGCUUUACGCUCUGUGCCGCACAUUAUCUUUAAUGCCGGUUGGAGGAAGACACGUCCAGCCUUUUCCUUUGAAUUGUGUUUGGAUUUACAAUAGGAGACUUGGUCCAGCUAUGGAUUCAACAAUGGACAUAUCCCUCACGGCUCCGGAAAAGUUUUGAUUAACGUGAUAGUACUAACAGCAUCGGUGACAACGGGACUGUUCACUGAAGUUGAAUGAGAAUUUAGGUAGCGUUAGCUAGCUCGUCUUUUACCUGGAAAUACUGAGCCUGGUGUGAAGAGAGUUUCACACAGCUAACACGUUUCGUUUUGCUCUCUUGUAUCGCACAUGGGGUGACCCGCUAGAGCUUUCUGGGCCUUUGAAGACGUGCCGCUAGGAGAGACCGUCUCCUUUCGUCCGCCGAGCCCCCCACCCCACCCCACCCCCGUGCCACCCAGCUCGGGUGAAAGCAUGACCUCUGGCUCCGAGGCGUUCGAUCAGAAGGCUGUGUGUAAAUGACUAGUUCCGGACAAGCCAACGUGGUCUGCCACGCCCUCACCAUGAAGAGCAAGUAUUCGCAGUACUACAACAGGUCCCUGAUCCAGGUGCACUACCUCGUGGCCAAGCACUGGAACCAGAGCGAGCUGGACGAGCGCAUGAAGAAGGACGGCCUCAACUCGCUCAGCAUCUUCUUCGUUGUCAUCUGCAGCAUCAUCAUCCUAGAGAACCUCCUGGUGCUCAUCGCCGUGUUCCGAAACAAGAAGUUCCACUCCGCCAUGUUCUUCUUCAUCGGCAACCUGGCCUUCUCUGACCUGCUGGCCGGCUCGGCGUACAUCGCCAACAUCUGCCUGUCGGGCGCGCGGACGUUCGACCUGGUGCCCGUGCAGUGGUUCAUCAGGGAGGGCACGGCGUUCAUCGCACUGGCCGCCUCCGUGUUCAGCCUCCUGGCUAUCGCCAUCGAGCGCUACAUCGCUAUCACCAAGGUCAAGGUGUACGGCUCCAACAAGACGUGCCGCAUGUUCCUGCUCAUCUCCGCCUGCUGGGGGACCUCCAUCCUGCUGGGGGGGCUGCCUAUCAUCGGCUGGAACUGCAUCGGCGACCUGGACGAGUGCUCAGCCGUGCUGCCGCUCAACUCCAAGCGCUACAUCCUCUUCGUGGUGGCCAUCUUCUGCAUCAUCCUGCUGUCCAUCGUCAUCCUCUACGUGCGCAUCUACCUGAUCGUGCGCCACAGCCACCAGGAGACCGCCGCCAACCUGCAGACUUACGCUCUCCUCAAGACGGUCACCAUCGUGCUGGGCGUCUUCAUCGUCUGUUGGCUGCCCGCCUUCACCAUCCUCAUGCUGGACACCUCCUGCCCCAUGGCGUCCUGCCCCAUCCUGCAGAAGGCCGACAUCUUCUUCGGCUUCGCCACGCUGAACUCGGCGCUCAACCCGGUCAUCUACACGCUGCGCAGCAAGGACAUGCGCAAAGAGUUCCUGCGCGUGCUGUGCUGCUGGGGGCUGCUGCGCUCCACCGACCACUGCGUGCCUCUCAAGAGCUCCAGCUCGCUGGACCACUGCACCAACAAACACGAACACCAGAGCAUGCCCAUCAUGCAGGAGUGCACGACCUGUGUCUGACUCUGCUUUUGGACCCACUGAGGCCUGAGUAUGUAAGUGUGUGUGUAUGUGUGUGUGUGUGCGUGCAAGAGAGAGAGUGUGUGUGUGUGUGUGUGUGUGUGUGUGUGUGUGAAUGUGUCUAUGCAUGGGUGAGCGUGAGAGAGUUGUGGAUGAGAUGGAAGGUUCAUAUGGAGGAAGGGGGGCAUUGAUGAGAUGAGACUCCAGGGAAUGGGUGGGUGGGGUGGAUAAAUACGAAGGCCGUCCAGAACCUGGACCAUGAUGGAAUGAGCCCCCCCCACAGAGCUGGGAGUGAGGACCUCUGUUUCACAACAUUCACACCUGUGUGAGUUCACCAUCAGUCUAUGGGUUCCCUGUUUCUACAGGAUGCGUGGUAGGACAAAAGCAUUAGCCAUUCCUACAGCAAAAGUCCUCUUCCAAUAUGGGCUUGCUGAAGGGGUAUGUCUGCUUUUAUUUUGUUAUCAUUAAAAACUAUUCAUUGUCUCCUUCAUUGACAUUCUCUGCUUGGUGGAGGUGUCGUAGCCAAAAAAAAUGAAAAAGUGGUUAAACACCAUAGUUGGAGUUAGAAGAGCUGUUUCUGCUCGCACGCAGCGCAAAGCCAAAUGUCUUCAGAUUGCUAGGCAAUGACAAACGCAAAGCUUCAAACGUUGCACUUUGUAGACUUGCAAGUGUGGUAAUUUUUCCUGGUGACUGAACAAGUCACCCUCUUUCAAAUGUAGUUGCAGAAGAGUGAAAGAUUUUGGGGAGGCGAUGGGUUCAGCUCAACACAGCGCUAUUUUCCUUGUGAGACCAGACCUUCACGAGUACCCUCAGAAAACAUGGCUGUAUAUUCACUUAUAUACAUGUGCAUAGAUCUAAUUUACUACCCAAUACAAAAGUACUCUGCUUCCAUGUAUUGCAUGAAUUUCUAACCUUUGUAAUGAAAAAAAAACUAAUGUGUAUGACAUGUACAAUCUCAGCAUUCUCCUGCUCUCUUGUGCUCUCUGUCCUUAUCUCUCUCUCUCUUUUUACUAUGUUCUAUCUCCCACAAACGUUUCCUGAGAGGAAGCAAGUACAUUUCCUCAAGUGAGCUGGCACUGAUAAAUUUCACUUAAUGACAGCUGUCCAGCUCUCUGACCACUGGACUGUUGCCUUGACAACGUUGUAGCGUCGCAGCGGCAGCGGGUGCCUCCUUUUUUCUUUUCUUUUUUUGUGCCAUCUCGGUAAACAGAGUUGAAUGUAAGCAUGAAGUGUUUGGAGCGUUUUUGCUCCACCCAUUGACAGUAUUACAGAUUACUGAUCCUGUUAAAUUGAGUGUUUGGCUGACAUUGAAAUCCAGAGAGUUGGGUUUUUGGCGCUCACACAUACUGUGAAGUCUUAAAAGUCAUUAUACAACCAACAACACGAUGUCCGUCUGAAUGGAUGAACUACACACUGGGAGGACACAGGAAGGGCUGAAGAGGAGGUUAUAGACUUCUCCUGCAAAAGGUUCCUGCUCCCACCCCACUGCCCCAAAUCCGGUGUCCAAUUCACCAUGCUCUCUCUGAAAAGGCCAUUUACUUCCUGUAGACACAGGAAGUCCUGUGCUUCCGAGGGCAGUUCCUGUUGUUCAGGAUGACUGACCUCAUCUUUCACUCCACUGAAACAUACAAUAAACAGCAUAAACACAAAACCACUGAGCAUAUGGUGUGAAGGCUCACCAUUUCUUACAAAUUUAAAAUAGAAAAAAAAUAUAUAUUACGUUUGUCAGUCGGGAACAGAGAAAGCACUUUGGCAGCUCCCUUGAAAACCUGUCUUCUGCGCUGUUCUAAUUUUUUUGUUAAUGAAGACUUUGUUUAAGUCUACGAAUUCACACCUAUCUGUCCCACACUUCAUUCAGUGAAAAACGUUGCCUAACCCUGUGGAACAAUGUAUUAUUUUUUAUUAAAUAUAUGAAUAUGUAUGUUUGUAUGUAUGUAUCUAUAUGUACAGUAUGUAAGUAUGUAUGAGUUGUGUACACGUAUGAAAUGUCUUGUGCAAUAGCCAUGUGUGUCUAGUAGCACGCUACCUGUGUUGACUUGGUACAAUUUUAAACACUAAUAGAGGUACAUAAACAUUUUUUGUCCUUUUUUGUAAAAUAAAUGAAAUUUACAAACA